UUCGGUCCUGGGCGCAGAGGUUCCUGGGAGCCAAGAGUCUGGAUGGUGUCUGUAUAACCUUCGGAGGCUGCUGCAUCGCACCUCGGGCCAAACAUAAAAGAUGACAACAGCAGCCAGGCCAACUUUUGAACCUGCGAGAGGUGGAAGAGGAAAAGGAGAAGGUGAUUUGAGCCAGCUCUCAAAGCAGUAUUCAAGCAGAGACCUACCCUCUCAUACAAAGAUAAAAUACAGACAAACUACUCAGGAUGCCCCUGAGGAGGUUCGUAACCGCGACUUCAGGAGAGAGUUGGAAGAGAGAGAGAGAGCUGCUGCAAGAGAGAAAAAUAGGGAUCGUCCAACCCGAGAACAUACAACCUCCUCUUCAGUGUCAAAGAAGCCUCGGUUAGACCAGAUUCCUGCUGCCAACCUUGAUGCAGAUGACCCUCUAACAGACGAGGAAGAUGAAGAUUUUGAAGAAGAGAGUGAUGAUGAUGAUACUGCAGCUCUUCUUGCAGAACUAGAAAAAAUUAAAAAAGAAAGAGCUGAAGAACAGGCCAGGAAGGAACAAGAACAAAAAGCUGAAGAAGAGAGGAUUCGUAUGGAAAACAUUCUGAGUGGAAAUCCUCUCCUUAAUCUCACUGGCCCAUCCCAGCCACAGGCCAACUUCAAAGUUAAAAGAAGGUGGGAUGAUGACGUUGUCUUCAAAAAUUGUGCAAAGGGUGUAGAUGAUCAGAAGAAAGACAAAAGAUUUGUAAAUGAUACUCUGCGAUCUGAAUUUCACAAAAAGUUCAUGGAGAAAUAUAUUAAGUAGUACAGUUUUAUGUGCUUGAUUAAAGACUAAAAUGUAAAGGAUUAUUCUGACUUUAUUUUGAUUAGUUCCCCCCCUUGUAUAAAUUGUGUACAUGCUUCUCUAAUUUUAAGCUCCAAAAUAUCUUUUCCUUUAGUGAUGCCUUAUUUUAUAGUGGACUUGGGAUAGGUUUAACCCAGUUUCCAUUCUCUGAAUGUUUCCAGUCAUAUGUUUUCUUUUUAAUAUGGGAAAAGGGAAUCUGCUUGUAAUAAAUAUUUUUAAUCUAAAUAACCAAAUCUGUGUUCCCAACAUUUUGUUGUAAUUUAUACAGUUUAUAAAAUGUUGCAUAAUUUCUUUUGAAAAGAAAAAUUGUUUUUGAGUACUGUGUUUCUUUGUGCAUUAACUUUUUUCCCUUCUCUUACAUCGAUUUAAGGUCAGUUAGUUAAUAUUUUCUCUGCAUUUUUUAAAAGAGUAGGAUGAAAGAUUAAAGGGGUUCCAUUUUGGACCACAUAGUAAGUGCCCCACAUGUGUCUCUGGAAGAGGACUGGGCGUCGCUCACUUGUGCAGGUGCCUCUUUCUUUUCUCUUGGCCCGAGACGAGAGCUCUGUAAGCAUUCCUAGGAAGCAUGUGGUACUCACUUCUGUUCUCCUGGAUUCCCAACUGCCAUGUUUCUCUUGAAUGAGAUAUUUUGUGCAUUGACAUGCAUUAGAAGAAAAGCCUAGGAAAGUUUCAAAUCAAACAAUACUUAAAAUAAAACUUUCAGAAAUAA